CGAUUUUUUAAUAGUUGGAUCUCUGCAUUGGAUUUUUAAAGUGAUAGAAAACCGAAGUUCGCAGUGUAACUGAUGGCGAAUCGUGAAUCAGAUGGGAGAAGAUAUCGACACAAUUUGCAAGGACUUCUACAGAUGGCCGCGGACAAUUCUGAUGAUUCACAAGCCGAUACUUCGAGCGUAUUCCAAGAAAUGAGUGAGGAGGUAAGCUUGCAUUGCAAACAAUAAUAUGGCGACGUUUACUGUUGACGGAUAUCGUUUGUGUUAUUUAAAUACGCCAGAAACUGAACGAAAAGAAUGGAUAAAUGUAUGCAAAGUAAAAGCAGAAGAGAAUAAAGAAAUCUUACCAUAAACUUUUGGUUAAUAUUUUGUGUUAUGUUGUGCCACUAUGGACCUUCUGUCAAGUCCUAGGUACUUUUCAAGGUGGGCCUGUGGCUAUCAUAACAUCACUCAUCCUAUGAAAACAAAGUUUAACAAGAAAUUGAGUCUAAGUCAAAAAUGAGCAGUCACUGAAAACUAAUGUCUGCCGAAAAGGGGAGUUGCCAAAUAAUUCUGAAAAGAUUGGAUGAGAGCUAAAAUAAUGUUGUUUUUUUUUUGGAAGAGGAGAGAGUGGCUACAGGAAGCAUUAUCAUCCAUAACAGAGGAUACCUAUGUCAAAAGCAUGAUGACGCAUUUACAAACAAUUGACAAACCUGAAACUGACAAUGAUGAUGACAUCCUCUCAGAGAAAGAAGAUGCUUUUGAGGGACUGGCAGAUAUUGUGGAUAACUUAGACAAUGCAAAUGGUGUGUUUUGGUUUACAAUUUGGGGGCAGGGGUCCAUGUUUAUUUUGAACAAAGGGAAUAAAAUUUGAAGGAAAGUCCAAACUGAAUUUGGACGUGUAUUCAUCAGUCCCCAAUAUGUCUUUUAGGCCUAGAAACCUGCUUGACUAUCAGAGUAUGAUGGUAUUAUGUUUCGUUCUUUUACAAGAAGAAAUAACUCAUUCGUGACAUAUUUUCCAGAAAAUUAUAUUUCAUACCUCAGCCCUCAGUCAAUAACAACUAUUAUGUUAAGACCUGUCUUAGAGCUAAGUUACAUAAACAAAGAAAUUACCUAGAAAUUGCCUAUCUUUUACUACCUCAAGUAUUGCAAUAAGAUUUAUUCACCUAUAACUAGGAAAGCAAACAAAAUAAGAAUAAGCUAUAACAAAAUUCUUAAAUCUGAUUGGCUAUCAACUGUCCUGAUUUCAGCACUCAGGACAGUGAAAUAGGACAGACCUACGCAUCAUGCCUAUGUAAUAGAACAGUACGCAUCAUCGCAUGCAUACACUUAAAUAGCUUUUUUUUUUUUCACUGCUAGUGAGAAAACUCUUGGAAUUUCUUGUGUUUUAAUUGUCAAAAAAAGGCUAGACCAUCACAAAUUUUUAUAGUUACGAUUAAUUGGUAACAGAACUUUGUGUUGUCCAAUUCUGUCUGUAAUCAUACUCUUGAUUAAACAAACUGGACUCCCGCUACGUGGUCAUCCAAUUUUGCUUAUCACUUGUAUGAUUACAGACCAAACUGGACUCCACUCAGUCCUAUUACCAUUAUUUAUUGAGAUAACUUUUUCAUACAAGUAUGGUUUUCCAAAAGGAUGUCAUAAGAUUAAAAUGUACAAGAUAUCACCUAAAAUCACUGAAUAUGUAAAAGAUUUAAGAGAAGCUAAAUAGCACACUUAAAAAUAUUCACAUUUAUUGCAGAUUGGCUAAGGGAGUUAAAAUCCUUUAUUUCAUGAAAUGUUAAGUUUUGUUGACAGAGGUUUAUUUUGAGUUUUUCAGACUUUCACAAGAUUGGGGGCUUUCAUGUUAUGAUUAAGUGUCUGUCAAGUGAACACAGGUACUGCUGAAUUAUCAAACUGUCAUACUAUUGGUUAAUUAAUUUGUAUGAUGUUGAAGUACAUGUAGGUGUCCGAAAAUACAGUUUGGAUAAUCAAGAGUCUGGAUGAUCAAAAUUAAUAUAUGAUUAUCUAUCAGAAGUUUUUCUCAUUACUACUUUUUCAGUUCCACGGAAGAUUCCCUAGAAACAAUGGCUAAAAUUUACUCUUUUCACUCACAUGUACAAUGCAUGCAAAAUUGCUCUUAGAAGGGUGGAGCAAUAACAUGAACAUCAAAUGCAAAGAAAGAAAAAAUAAUAAUCCUGUCAAUGGAGGUCUGGAUAAAGGAAGUUACAUGUAGACUGUAGUAGACCCCUUUCUGGGGUACAGACAGCAAGUAGUUAUGACACAUUGAUAGUUGAUUGAUUGAUUGAUUAAAGUAACUUAUACUCAAUUGAAAUAAAACUUUGACCCCUAGUGCAAGAAAGUACUCUGAAUUAAUUUAAAAGAGUAAUUGAAGAGAAAUUAUAUAAUGCAACAUUAGGACAGUUCUACAUACACUGUAAGCAUGGCUAGCAGUAGAUUCAUUCAUUAAUUUGUUUCAUGGAACUUUGUUUUGCUUCUUUUAUUUCCCUUGCAGUUCUAUAAGGUGGAGAGCAGCUGACACUUUGGCUGUGUGUGUUCAAAAUAAUCCAUACUGUCAAAAAGCUGCACUAGAAAUGAACAUUCUUCCAAUUUUAUCUUCACUUCUGGACACUGAUGUUUCAGUAGAAGUUAGGAUCAAGUCUUUGUUUGCCAUAUCAGGUAUGCCCUGUGUAUUUCAAGGAAAUUCAAAUACUAGAUGAUGACACGUCACACAAGAUACAAUUCAGGCCCCCAGGGGCAUUAUUCUGUUAGAAUCCAUUUAGACAUGCACUGUAAUGUUGCUAGUGCCAUAAUCCAUUAUUUACAUACGUACAUCUGGGUGAAAAGAGACAAAAUCGGCAGCAAAUUUUCCUGGUUAAUUUUUAACGAAACAACAGGAUACUCAAACAUCAGGUUGAAAUAAAUAUGUCCCAUUAUCACCUCUUGGUGAAGAAAAAAUUUGUUUCAAAGUUUCUUGUCUAAGGAAGCAUGAUACACCCAGCAUUAAGUUGCUAAAAUCCAUUUAUACAUCUGAGCAACAAUGUUCCUCCACUCUGGAGACCUUGGCUAAUAAUGUUUGUAUUUCCUCAUUUUUUCCACUAGGUCUCACAAGAGAUUUCCCCCCAGCAGAGGAGGCAUUUUUGAAGGCAGAUGGGUUUUCACUGUUAAUCCGAGCAAUGCAAGCAGAAAAUGAUAAACUGAUAACUAAGUCAGCCUUUAUGUUGCGGCAUAUGCUGUUUACUAAUCCUUCACAUAAAGGUAUUUAGCAGCCAGAUUCGGACUUUCGUAGUGUCAUUACCAGUAAUAUCACUUUAAAAUGUCGUUAGGUUACUCACAAAGCUGCAACCCUAAUUUAACAGAAAAUUAAGUAGUUUGUAAGAGUUUUCACUAUCUGAUAUCGUAAAAAGUAUCUCCUAUUUUCUCUUCUUAGAUGCGCUCUUCAAGAUGGGAUUUAUUGAACAAUUGGUUGGUCUGUUGCAUGCUUCUCAGAAGUCCUCACAUGAACAUGUCAUUGGACUGUUGGUUUAUUUUGUGACUGAUUAUCCACAAGGUAUAAAAGAGUGUCACAGACCAGAAUUUAAUCUGAAGGAACUACUCAAAACAAAAAUAGCAGCCAUGAAAGAAGACGAUCCAGAGAGAUAUGAGGUAACUUAAAGUUUUUGACACCGUGUAUGUCAGUAGUGGUUCUAAGGGAGCUUCCCCUUCCCUCAAUAUUUGAAAAAGAAAAAAACAAGGCCUACAACAUAAAAAAAAAAAAAUGAAGGACCAGGUCCUCCCUUAGCAUAAGUUUUGGAUGAGUCUAGCCCCCCUUACUUACAGUGUAUAGGUCAGGAUGCACCACUAUGUGUGACUACAGCUGACCAUUACUCCCAGGCUGUUGUCCACCAAUUGGAACCCUACCUUACAUCCUGGGGGGGGGGGCUCUCAGACAAGAGGGACACAUCACAUCACUUAGGGGUGUAAAAUGCAGAUUUGGUUCAACUUAGGGUGUCCAUGAAUGUUUUUAACCAUACAGGUAUCACAAUAGAGUCAUAAAUAAUGAAAAUAAAAUACAUACAGUCAACUCCCGGUAACUUGAACCCUCUAUAACUCAAACCUCCUACUAACUCGAACCAAUUUUUAUUUCCCUUCAGAACAUUUUCUAACAUUUUCAUUUUAUACAGGUUUGAAUUAUCGGGAGUCAACUGUAUAUCUUCACAAAUAAAUCAAUUUGCUUUAUACAUGCACUACGAAUUCCCUUCAUACUUUCAAAUUUGUUUCAUAUAUAAAAAAAUAUUCAGCCAUAAUGUUACCUGAUCACCUCAGUCUUCAAUACAACCAGAUCUGCAUCAUCAGGAUUUCACUGAACUUUUGAUCCAGAAUACAGUUGACUCCCGAUAACUCAAACCUUCUAGGGAAAUUGAAAAAAAGUUCAAGUUAGGGGGAGUUUGAGUUAUCAGGAGUUCAAAGGAAAUGGGAUGGGCAAUGAAUGCAAGUAAUAUAACUUGCACAUUUCAAAGCUUGAUAAAUAGACAGUGCUGGACACUGUGUUUAUACUGGACUAACAAAAAAGUAAAGACCAAGAAUACAUGCAUGGUUAUUAAAACAAUUACAAUGUUUCAUUUACAGUACACUUUUUUCUAACUUGUUAAGUGCUUAAAGCAUGGUCCAAGUUAUUGAGGGUUCUAAAUGGAAAUGAUCUGAAGGGAAACAAAAAUUACUUCGAGUUGGCGGGAGGUUCAAGUUAUCAAGGAUUCAAGUUACCAAGGGUAAAAUGAUAGUAAAUGUAGGAAGGAAAUCAGGGUGAAAUCGAUUUUGGUUGGAGUUAUAUCGCGGGGUUGGAGUUAGCGAGGGUUCGAAUUAUCGAGAGUGAACUGUAAUCUAAGUAUUCCGCAAUAUUUAAGUAUCGAUAUUUUUCAAAUGCAACAGCGUGGGUAUUACAAAGCAGUCUUGAUGAUGAAUAUUUAUUGAACAAGAAUUGAAUCAAACUUGGUAUCAAAUAAUAACAAAUCCAUUUGUAAUACAAGUCUUGCAACGUUUGUCAUGUUAACCUUAAGUAUCUUGAGUUGAUGUUCAUCAACAAUGUCAAAUAAUAGCAGUCAACCAUAUUCGUUUCCGUUUGUAUGUUUUCCUCACAAGUGAAAAAGUCUGCGCUGAAAAAUUAUACAGUCGUCUGCCAAUGAUCUUGUUUUCUGUCAAAAGUUUUAUCUUCCACCAGGGAACAGCUGUUAGGUCAACUAUAACAUAUUUGCAAUGCUGGUAACUUUAUGAUUUCAAUUUUAUUGUUAUAGGAGGCGAUCCUCAACUGCCAGAAGUUACAAAAUAUUUGUUUUGACAAAGACAGACAGCCAGAUGCUGGAAGUAACUCAUUAAGAUAA